UUAUACACAAACGCACACUCACCUGUUGUCCGGAAGUGCCUCUGCGUCAGCUGAAAGAGUGUGUGUUUGAAGGAAUGGCUCAGGAAUUCCUCACCAAAGAAUCCUGCCGGACUUGAUUGGUGAUCCGGGCGCUUAUAUCCGCCUGCGCGGCUCCUCGGGAGCCUCAGAUCGGAGGGUUUUGUUUUCCCCGCAAGCAGCCGCGGGUCAGAGCGCAGAGAUGUCCAGACCGGAGAGCAUUUUACCUGGCGACGCCGCCUUCGCCGACUUCAAGAAGCAGUGUCUGGCUUCCGAGAACUGGCACAGCAAGUAUGACAACAACGGGAUGCAAGUUUGGGUCGAGGGCCAAACUCCCAAUAAGGGGAAUUACGUUCCAAAAAUCCACAAAAUCAAGUGCAAAAUGGUCAUCAAAGACGUGUCCGCGGCCACCAUGUACGACGUUAUCCACGACGGCCAGUACAGGAAGAAGUGGGAUCCCAACAUGCUGGAGAGCUUUGACAUUGCCCGACUCUCUGACAACGCCGAUGUGGGCUACUAUUCCUGGCUUUGUCCUAAACCCAUAAAGAACAGAGACGUUGUGACCCUGCGCUCGUGGAGGGUGACAGACGAUGAAUACAUCGUCAUUAACUUCUCGGUCAAACACCCGAAAUACCCGCCGCACAGCCAUCUGGUGAGAGCCAUUUCCAUGCUGACCGGCUAUUUCGUCAAGUCCACGGGGCCGAACAGCUGCAUCUUCAUCUACCUUUCACAAGCCGACCCCAAAGGCUCUCUUCCAAAGUGGGUGGUCAACAAAGCCUCACAAGUUCUUGCUCCCAGGGUAACCAUAGAAACGCAUCCAAAGGGCCUAGCCCAGGUAAGUGCGGCUGCUGACAGAGAAGAAUCUCAGCCCGAGCUGUCGGCGGUUCUCCUGGCAGAACCCGUUCCCCGAGUCAUGAAGAGCGUGCACAAGGCGGGACAGAACUACCCAGAUUGGAAGCGGCAGAACUCCCCCAACCAGAAGCCUUGGCUGUACCCGGAGCAGAGCACGCUGUCCGUGAUGGACCCCGCCGAGCUGUCCAUACAGAGGACGGACUCGCUGGAAAACCUGGAUGAAAGCUCCAAGAUGGACACUCAGGACAGCGAGGACAGCAGCUAAAUCUCUGAGAGGGGACGGGAGGAAGGGUGGCCAAAGGGGGAGAUCUGGAACAAGACUGUACGAAUUUGAAGGGGGGAAAAAAACUGGACUUUAAAAAAACAACAAAAAAAACAACUUUGACUUGAAGAUCUCCAACUCUCUUAUUUCAAACUCAGUUUCUUCCAGUUUUCCAGACUGGCGCGCCAAAUUGGGCUAGCAAGAGCAUGAAGUGUUUCCAGUUCGCCUUAGCGAGACAGAAAUGAGCACGGAUCAAGCUGCCAUUCACCUCAGUCCGCCUUAAACUAAGCUUUUCUACAGGGUUAGAGGUGGCGGGCAUUCAUGUGACAUUAUUAAAGCACUGCAUUCAUAACGGAUCCAGCCGCAGGUCUUUUUUGGUUGCACCUGAGUCAAAGUCUAAUCAGACACAGCCGUCCACCGGUGGGGUCUCCCACAUCACGUCCGACUCCGUCUUUUUUUAAAUGUAAAGGAAAGCUUUUUAACUUAAUGUUUUUAUAUCUUCUCUGAGCCAGACGGCUAAAUUAAUGGCUGUUUUUAAAAAAAAAAAAAAAAAGAAUUCUGGCUUGCAAUUGUAACCGAGAAGACUUGGGAGUUUGAUACAUUGUCAGAAGUUGUGGAAUAAAAAAAAAUGCAGGCAUGGUUUCAAUUAGCUCACAAGGACAUCAAAAUGUCUCUCAGUGGGCUGUACCAACAUGGAUAAUGUAUAAAAUGUACAUUUUUGUUCUCAUCUUACCUGAACAAUUGGAAGGGCCAUCAAUGGUGUAUUUCAUUGUAUUUAUUUAUUUUACUUUAAACAGCUGAAGUCAGGCUGAAAAGACCCUGGAAUGAAGCCCUGUGGGCUGAGGUCAUCUUUUUUAUUAAUUUUUUUUUAUGUGGACUUAAUUUUGCUCAGUUUUUUUUUUGUUAACUCUAUUGUUUCUUUAAAAUAAACCGUUUGAAGUCAACAUACUUUGGAAAUCACUGUCGUUGACUGCAUUCUUAUCUGACAUUCAGUCUCAGCUGAAACCAACCUGAAGUCGGGGGAACGAGUUAGGUGGCUUACACCAGUAUAAACCAGUCUGGGUCCAGUUCUGCUGUAGGUUUUAUGUAUACACAAAGGUAACCGGUUACUAAAAAACACAUGAUAUAAAUCCAGCCUGCUGCCAUGUGUGAUGCUGCCGGGCGGUUCUUAGAAAACGUUUCGGUCACAGAUCAAAAAAAAAAAUGAAUAAGAGGGCAUGUAAUGUGGACAUUACUAACUAGUUUCAUAAAUAGGAAAUGAAACAUUUAUUUUCAUAUUUUGCUUUCUAAGAAUGGUUUACAUUUUUGUGAACGAGUUUUGUUUUGUUUUUUUGUUUGACCAGAAGAAGUGCGACGGUGACAAAAAACUAAGAAAUAAGAGUUGCAAAUGUACUUACUUGGACACGUCUGCUGACUUUGCUAAUCAAAGGAACAAACCAGAGGCUUAAGGGCCCCUUCGGUUCAAUAUUAUUCCUAAAUUUCUAGCAAAAUAAGGCUCUUUUUUUUAAAGGCGAUGAGUAACAGGGCUUGUUUAGUGGGUUAACUUUUUAGCUAUGCUACGCUAACAGGUGGGGAGUGAGCAGGGGAUUUAUUUAUCAGACGGCUGCGUUGGGGCGUCACUGUUCACAAUAAAAACAUGCAAACCAG